CUCCUCGCAUUUUGUUUUCCUUCUGGAACAGAAAAUAAAGAAAGCAUCGAGAAAACAAUAAUCAAAGAAACAAACAAGAGAACAGGAAAAAAAGGAAGGAAAGGAAAAAAGAAAAGAGAAAACUGUAAUUAAAAAAUUGUAUAGAAAAUGGGAGACGCGUAUUGUUCAGAUUGCAAGAGGCAAACGGAGGUGGUGUUUGAUCACUCGGCGGGUGACACGGUGUGUUCGGAGUGUGGGUUAGUACUAGAAUCACAUUCGAUUGAUGAAACGUCAGAGUGGAGAACAUUCGCAAAUGAAUCAGGGGAUAAUGAUCCUGUGCGUGUCGGUGGACCCACGAAUCCGUUGUUAGCUGAUGGUGGUCUUUCUACCGUUAUUGCUAAACCUAAUGGUGCUUCUGGAGAGUUCUUAUCUUCUUCCUUAGGUAGAUGGCAAAAUAGAGGUUCUAAUCCUGAUCGUGGUCUGAUUUUGGCUUUUAAAACUAUUGCUACCAUGUCUGAUAGGUUGGGCCUUGUUGCUACUAUCAAGGAUCGGGCUAAUGAGAUCUAUAAAAAGGUGGAAGAUCAAAAGUCCAGUAGAGGAAGAAAUCAGGAUGCCUUAUUGGCUGCUUGCCUCUACAUUGCUUGUCGACAAGAAGACAAGCCACGAACUGUAAAGGAAAUUUGCUCUGUCGCCAAUGGAGCCACAAAGAAGGAAAUUGGCCGAGCAAAAGAAUACAUAGUGAAACAAUUGGGACUGGAGACAGGUCAGUCAGUGGAGAUGGGAACAAUACAUGCUGGGGAUUUCAUGAGGCGUUUUUGUUCGAACCUUGGCAUGAAUAAUCAAGCAAUGAAAGCUGCCCAAGAAGCCGUGCAGAAGUCAGAAGAGUUCGACAUAAGGAGGAGUCCUAUAUCAAUCGCAGCAGCAGUCAUUUAUAUUAUAAGUCAGCUUUCAGAUGACAAGAAACUUCUUCGAGACAUCUCACAUGCCACUGGAGUUGCAGAGGGCACAAUAAGGAAUUCUUACAAGGACCUCUACCCCCAUGUUUCCAAGAUAAUUCCAAGCUGGUACGCCAAAGAAGAGGAUCUCAAGAAUCUUUGCAGUCCAUAAAAUUACUACAGCAGACAGUAUCCUGAAAUUUGUUUGUUUGGAUCCUUCCUUCCAUCCAUCCGUCGUUGGAUGUAUUCCGAAAUUGUUUUGGGGACAUUUUAAAACCACUGCUGUAUAAGAAGGCCUUUUGUUUUCCAUUUUCUUCAACGGUCGACUAAACCUUUCUGUAGUUCAGAAAUAGGAAAAAGAAAAGAGCAAAAAAGUACUUGGAGGGAGCACAUUACAACAUUUCAAUGGAUAUUGAUUUGCAUCAGGGAAAACUGUCAAAGCUUAUAAUUUUAUUGUAUUUCAUUAACAUUUUACAUUUGUCAGUUCUUCUUACAAGCAAUAUAAGAUACUGAAACAACGAUGAGCUGAAAGGGUAAAGUUUAAUUUGUGCCUGGAUUAUUAACGGGAGCUAUCAAAGCUUAUAUAUGUUCCUUUUCUUUC